AUGUCCUCCAGCAGCCAGACGGCCAUCGACGGCUACCACUGGCUGUGCUCGGAAAUCUUACAAUAUCACUUGCGGACCGGCGGCAAAAGGGACCUGGCUCUUGAUGUGCUAUGCGGACAGGGUCUGACGAUCGAGGCUCUCCUAUCAUACUUUCGCCGUUGCGUUGGCAUAGAUACGCACGAAAACAUUCUCGAGUACAGAUUGCUGCCGGUGUACGCAAAUGACCUGGUAACUCUGGCCCAGUCAACACCCGAGCUUCUCGGGACCGACCAGUCGGAGUACGCGCCGCAGAGUACGGUCAAAGAGGGCACCGUCGACCUGAUAACGCUCAUGAGGGACACCAGGGAGAUCAACAUGGACCAGUUCUGGCACCGCGCCGCCGAGGUCCUCAGACCGGGCGGCACCGUCGCCUUCCUGACGCUGAGCCACCCGGUCGUCUCCAUCGAGGGGGAGGGGGGUUAUCCCGCUGCCAUAGGUAUCAACACGGCCUUGGAACGGCUAUUCGAGGGCCAACACCUGCGCCAGUACGUCGAGUUCUCCCACGCUCACACGUUUCUAUACACGGAUACGGAGAUGCCGUGGGGCCUGUAUGCGCCCGAACAUGCCUUUGAGCGGCAAUGCUACUUCAAACAGACCGACGUCGCUCCGGAUAACCCCCCGAACGUGGACCAUCCGGGGGGCGAACUGACAGUCCGACAGUUCAUGAAUCUUGUCGAGGACAUGAUUGCCGUGCGGAGAUGGAGGAGGGACAACAUACUCAAGUGUGCGACUGAACGUGACGUCAUCUGGCAAUUCAAGUCCCUCCUCACGACCAUCAUGAACCGAUGCGGUCGCUCUACCAUGACAGUAACCAGGAAGAAGGUUCUUGUGAUGGUCAAGAAGAAGCAUCGAUAG